AUGCCAGCAUCCAACCCCUCCACCUCCCCAGACGCCACGCCUCUGACCCUCCGCUUCAUCGAUCCCGCUGACCCAGAGCCAAAGAAGAAAAAGGCUCACAGGAAGAGCAGAGGAGGCUGCAUACCAUGCAAAAGGAGGAAGGUGAAGUGCGACGAAUCAGCCCCCUGCGCGAACUGCAUCCGCCGCAACGAACCAUGCACACGCCCGCAAAAGUCCUCCGCCCCAGAGACGACGUCGUCCUCAUCGCCCGCCGCCGCUGCCGCCGUCGGCACGGGACCGGCACGGCCGGUAGACGCCUCGGGACGCGUGAACCUCCUCCACAUGCAGCUCCUCCACCACUUCCAGCAUGCGACGAUCCCCACCCUCUGCUUCGCCGACGUCUGGGUGUCUGUCCUUCCGCUGGCCUUCCGGGCAGAGUACCUCAUGACGGCCAUCCUCGCCGUCUCGGCGCGGCACCUCAGCACUCUAGAAGACGCCGUCUACGGGGAAGCGAGCCUGGCUCUCUUGUCCCGCAGCUGCGCGCUCUUUGGCGCCGAACUCGGCCGUGACGACGGGGCUGGGGGAGGGUACGACUCUCUCUUCUUCACGGCGCAGCUUAUACACUAUCUCACUUGGUGUAAUCUGGAGUUCAUCGAUGGCUCUGACAACACCGACACCACUCUAGACCAGUCCCGGGACCAACUCUUCCUUCUCAGCUCCGGCGUGAGGGUCUUCCUCUUCGGGACCCGGGCGCAGGGCCAAGACAGCAUCUUUGCCAAGGCAUGGCAGGACGCCCCGUGCGACGCUCUCGACAAGAUCGUAGCGGAACAGGGCAUGGAUCGCGGCCGGAUCCAGAGAGCCUUUCUAGAUCGAUACGAUGAGAUGACACCCAGAGGCCAACGCACCACCCCGGAGCACCACAGCAACGCGGACCGUCAACGCGCCGCCUUCACCGGCAUCGUGGAGCGGCUGUCCGUCAUCAUGGCCCUCUGGCAACACCGCAGCACGAAUCGCCAGCCCCCCGCGACGCCCGACCUCGAGCGGUACGUCCUCGCCUUCCCGCUGUUUUGCUUCGGCCCGUUCCUCGACAUGAUUGUCGCAAAUGACCCGAGGGCGCUGCUUGUAUUGUACCACUUUUAUGAGACCUCGCGAUUGCUUCUCGGGGAGGACGACGAGGAACCCACGUGGUGGGCGUGUGACAGACUCAGUGCCAUGCCAAAGAUGCUUGAGCAGGAGUUGCGUAGGAAGGGUAUACAGCCUGUGGUGAUGUGA